AAUCGGAGCUUUUUUGAAUAAGUAAGUAGGAAGUACUAAUGGUAACUUAAUUAUUUAUCAAACAUUUUCUCAUUUCCUCAACGUUUCAAUAAAAGGUUCUUUCUUGAAGGGACACCCAGCCUCAAAAAUAUACCAUUACAUUCAGUUCUUAAUAAUAAUAUUUUAAUGAUUCAUUAAUCAUUACACGUGAAUAAUAAUUUACCUACCUAAACUAAAAAUUGAAAAAAAAAUCAUUUGAAAACUGAUCGAAACAACUGCGUCAUAUCCGAACACACCAUCACCAUCACAAUAUUUCAAAUACUCUUCCAUAAGUUUUAUCAGUUCAUCAACAUCCUGGUUAUGUUCACAAUACGCACAUCCAGCCUAUUUGCUCACAUAAACUUAAUUUUUACAACUAGUCUUGGAAUUUUCAUAGCAUUUUGUAGUGCCUAUUUUCUUCGUUUGGUGUAAAUUAAUCCUCAAUCUUUUCGUUGUUAAAAUGAGUGUAGCAAGAUUUCUUGUUGUGUUGGAUAAAUCAGAUAAAGUGUAUUAUUCCGGAGAAAUUCUGGAAGGCAGAGUAAAGUUGGUGCUUAAUUAUGCAACGCAAUUUAAAGGAGCUAUACUCAAGGUUACCAUUAGAGGAAGAGCCAGUUGUGAAUGGAAUGAAUCAAAAAUGUACAUGAGUACAAAAUGUAAAUACAAUUUCAAGCCUGUUAAUCGAAAAUCAACAGAAACUUAUCUCGAAAGUGAACAGGUUUUAAUCGAGAAAAAAGAAAAUUUUGAAUUACCUAUGGGAGAACAUACCUUUCAGUUCGCUGUAAUGAUACCAUCCCAAGCUCCAUCCUCUUUCAACAGUUCUUAUGGAGUAAUAUCGUAUGAUAUAAAAGCAGAAUUUAAAAUUCCGAUGGACUGCCAUAAAGAAGAAAGAAUCAACUUUAUUGUAAUCAAUCCUCUGAAUUUAGAUUUAUAUCCAAAUUUAAAAAUUCCUUACAGAAGAGAAAAAAGAAAAACUUUCUGUUAUCUGUGGUGCGCUAGUGGUCCUCUUACCAUGGUUGUUAAUCUACCUAAAACUGCCUUCGUUUCAUCCGAAUCGAUUCCAAUCAUCUUAGAAAUCGAUAAUACCAGUAAUAAAAUUUACGUAGAUGCAGUUGAUAUUUAUUUGAAACGGGAAAUAAAUUGGAUAGCAGAUGGAUUCCGCAUAAGUCAAAACAGUACUCUUGAAAAAUUACGCUUAGGAUUGAAUGGAUUGGGAGAAGGCCAGUCACACUCGUGGAAUGAAAAUUUCACAGUUCCCGAUGUUGUGUUUCCAUUCUUGGGGCAUUGCUCUGUCAUGAAGAUUAAACACGAGUUACAUAUCGAAGCUGUAGUCUCUGGAUUUUUUUCGAACCUGAGUAUGCAUAUUCCCAUCACGAUCGGUAAUGUCCUUUCAGACGAAGAUCCAAAUGCUCCGAAUGUUAUACCGCAAUGCAUCAAGGAUCAAAUAUUCACCAGGGGUGCUUCAAGUUGUAGCUCACGGCGAUCUGUCGACUCGUCGGACAGUUCUCGUAAUAUUUCUGGCUCGUUCUGUGGCUCUGAUGGUGGUGAAAGUACAUCUGAUGAUGAUUCCGAUGAUUCUAAUGAUUCUACAGAAACAGAAUGCAAUAGAUGAACUGGGUAGGUAUAUAUGUAGAUUAAUUCCACAGAGGAUCAGUGAAUAUGAAUCUACGUGAUCCACAGGCAUUACAACGUUAAAAAAGACUUCAAAAUGUAUGUGAAUUUUCAGAAAUUUGUCGUAAUUUGAA